GGCGUGCCGGUGCGCGGGGGCGGGGGCCGCGGAGCGGUGCGGAGCGGUGCGGAGCGGAGCGGGGGCGCAGCAUGAGGACCAGGCCCCCGCCGGCCGCCCCCCCGCGCCAUGGAGGGGUUCGGUGCCCGCAGCUACGGGACCGGCGGGCCGGACAACCGGCCGCUCUUCGGGGAGACCUCGGCCAGGGACAGAAUCAUCAAUCUAGUUGUUGGUGGCUUAACGUCCUUGCUGCUCGUAGUCACUCUAAUCAGUGCUUUUGUCUUCCCGCAACUACCUCCAAAACCUGUGAAUGUAUUUUUUGCUUUCUGCAUCUCCUUGUGUUGCAUUUCUGCUGGCAUACUUAUCUAUUGGUAUCGACAAGGAGACCUGGAACCUAAAUUUAGGAACCUAAUUUACUAUAUAUUAUUUUCUAUUGUCAUGUUAUGUAUAUGUGCCAACCUGUACUUCCAUGAAGUGGAUAAAUAAUGGACAUUGGGAAUACCCAGCGAUGAUGCUGCUGUGUCAGACUGCUUCCAUCUCGGCUCUCAGCUCUACUCGACACACUUAAGUGAGGACAAUCAGCCUGAGAGGAAAGAAGUGGGUUGUGCAAGGAUAAAUCAGUACAUGAUUUUCAUGUAAAUGUACAUGUAAUGUCCCUCUUGUUGGGGAGAAUUAUUGCCAUAAGAUGUGACAUGCUGCUUUUUUUUGAAGAGCUACUGUUGCACUUAAUGAACAUUCCAGUUGUACUGAUGUUUCAGAAUGGCACAAGCUUUUUCAUUUUGGAAAAAAAUGCAUUUUUUUAAUACUGUACAAAUAAACUGCAGCAUUGCAAGGUUCUGUAGCAGUAUAAAUAAAUGGCAUCUUACAGUUA